AUGAUAAUGAAAUAACAAUAAAUCAACAAACAAAUGUCAAUCACAAAGUAGCCAUUACGAACAAGCAUAAAUAAAGGGAAAUUUAGGCUAUUAUAGAAAAGUAACAAGAAACUGGAGUAUUGCAGAAACGCGAAUAAGGUUACAAAUCAACUGCCUUGGUAGAAUAUUGAAAUAUGAGUAAAAUUAAAGCAAUAGAGUCCGAUAAGUCGUCAUCAGUUACUGACAAUAUCUUCUCCUACAAACGUUAUUUUCUCAACAACUUGGAUUCAUUUCAUGGAGAAUACUAUCUUAAUGAAGUGGUCAAAGUAGUAGCACAAAAGAUUAUUGCUGAAGCUUCGAAUAAAACUUCUCAAGUUGUGGUGGGGGAAGAUGCCGAGCCCGCAGCGCCGUCGCCACCAAGACAACCCUAUGAAAUAUUUGGAACUGUUACGAAUACAAAAAUCAAAAGUAUAGACCACGUCACGAAGAUUGUGCCUAAAGAGGAAUGCUUGCCUCAAAUGAUGUCCUGUGGAACUGUGAUCUUGGACAUCGGUGGUGGUAGUGACCCAGAUGAGCUGAAAAUAUCUAUGGAUUAUUUGAACCUUUUGAAGGAUUUACUGGAAAAGCAAGCUGCGCCUUCCACGGCAGUAUCAGACGUCGAUGACGCAGCUGGAGAUGCGGAGCCACAGAAACGAUACUUAAUAUUAAUAUCUACUGUAAUGACCUGGGGAUUUACUAAACCUUUGGACCCUGAUACCCCAGACAUGCCCUUUAUUGAAACGGAUUUUAGAAAAAGAAAGCCCCAUUCAAAUUUUAAAAAGCAUUAUGAUAUCGAAAAUGAAGUAAUAUUACUCGCUAGAAAGCACAAGCCGCAAAUUGGGGCAUUGGUAGUAUGUCCCGGUGUGACGUACGGCGGCCGUGAGGAAGUUCUGUUCUACUGGUUCCAGAAGGCCUGGGAAUGCGAACGACUGUUGCCAAUCCUCGGCGGCGGCGGGAAUGUCGUGCCGCUGAUAAAUGUCGUCGACUUGGCACAAAUUAUAUACAAUUUACUUAUAGAUUUUCCAAAAAAGCUGUACAUAUUAGCUGUCGAACAAAACAUCACGAAACAAAGAGAGAUAAUAAAACCGCUAGGUCGCAUUAUCGGGACCGGGAUGUUCAAAUGUAUACCAAAGGAAGAUGCUUUCCUGAUUCCGGAAAUUGAUCAAAGAAUUUAUGACUUAAUGACUCUCAACUUGAAUAUGGAGCCGACGUUCAUUGUUGAGACGAUGGGUCUACAGUGGGUAUCAGAAGCGACCUUUGCAGAGAAUGUGCCAGCGCUUAUGAAACAGUUUAAGAAAGAAAGAGGGCUUAAACCAUUCAAAGUAGUUGUGUAUGGACCUCCGAUUGUAGGAAAAACUACACUCUCAAAAUUACUUUGCGAAGCUUAUGGACUAUUGUACAUUUCUCCGGAAACAGUGGCCCAAAAUAUUUUGGACGAUUUGUCGUGGCGCAUCGCCCACUGGGACGUGGGCGAGAUGGCAGCGAUCGCACUGCCGACGACAGGGGAGGAGGAGGAGCCGGCGCCGACAGAUGAUGACGCCGGGGAGGAGGAGGGGGCGCAGGAAGCAGCACGCACCGCACAAGCCGUGCUGCUGUCCGGGCGGCCGUUCAGUGAGGAAGAGAUCAUGGCAUAUCUACGCCAAAGGCUUCUAAGCCGCGAGGCUUUAAACAGAGGUUGGGUCCUUGACGGUUUUCCCACUACAUUGCUUCAGUGCGCUGCUUUGUUUGAAAGGGGCGACGAGCAAGAUUCAGAAGCCGAAGAAGAACACGAAGAAGAGCAGUUUGAUGAAGAUUUAGAUUUGUACAGUAAUGUUUUGAAGAAGAUGUUACCCGAUAUCGUCGUCUCAUUGGAAGCAACUGAUGAUUACAUAUGCGAGAAGGCCAUGCGGCAGCCGGAAGGUGACACUAGGUUGGACGAGGAGACAGUCCUCAGACGCCUGAGUGAAUUUAGAGCUGGCGACGCCCGCGAUGUCUCACCGCUUAACUUUUUCGAUGAGCUUGAUAUACACCCACUCGUAGUACCUGUGAAGGAGCAUACGGACUAUAGCAUGAAGAAUACGUAUGCCGCUGUUACUUUACGUAUGGGAAGGCCUUGCCGUUACGGAAAACUCCUGGCACAAAUUGAAGCAGCGGAGAAGAAAGAGAAGGAAGAGCUUGCGACGCUACGAGCAAAAGAAGCGAAAAUUCUCAAAGAUUUGGAAAAGAAACUCAAAGAAGAACGAGAGGACAAAAUGGAAUAUUGGUCUGAGUUGUACGCGGUGAUGCGUGAAGAAGAGGAAGCCGCUUUGGCAGCGGCUGGGGAGCCCAUGAGGAACUAUCUGGUGCACAAUAUCUUCCCCACUCUCACCGCAGGGCUCCUGGAGGUUGCCAAGCUGAGACCUGCCGACCCUAUCGAUUUCCUUGCUGAAUAUUUAUUCAAACUGAACCCUAGCGGGAAAAUGUUGGAGCCAGGCUACAAUUUACAAGCUGAAAAAUUAAUGGGCAAGAUUAAAAUUUUAGACGACGCUUUGAAAGACCUAGACAUCAAGAUUGACCCCUUAGUUCCCCCAGAAUCGGACGCCGAAGUGGCCGGUCCCUCUAAGCAUGUUAUCAAUACCAUGAGCGCUCUUUAAGAUGAAUUAAAUGAUCGAAAAAGUUUGGAGAAAACGGAUUAUAUACGUAUUUUAAAAGUGCGUCAGUGAUACAGUUCAUUUGUAUGCUGCUAAAAUUAAAAGCAGUUGCUUACUAAUUAGUAAAUAAUUCUACCUAUUUAUAUCAUUCUCAAUUUGAAAGAGACUUACAUACCUAUCGAUAGUAAUUUGGCUCCAUUUAAUUUAGGAUUAAUUAGAUUAAUUUAGGAUAUCUAUUCUUAAUCGGGAGCAGAUUAAGAAUAGAUAUCUUAUGAAUGUCAUCAUUGAUUCAAAUGGUUUGAAUGAUUUCAUUUCAAUAUUGCAUUACAAUGCAACGUUUAUUGUAACUUUGAAAUAUAAUAAAGUAACAAGGAA